AUGCACUCCGGGCGAGCUUACUUUUCCCUGGGUGACGGAACGACCGUGUCGGACCACUGGGGCCGAUGUUUCCGGCCCUUCCUGGGUGCUAGGCCAGAGGGGACGGAGCCCAAAGAGGUGGCUGCAUCAAAGUCUUCCAAAGGCAGGGCUGAGGCACGGGAGGGAGAGGCUCCUCAGCUGGUUGACGAGGAGGUGGCAAACCUCUUAGAGGGCGAGAACGAUGGCCCUAGGUGCGCCAGGAUCGGCUACUGGGAGAUUCUCAAGUCAUUUUGCAUCCUGGGCUGGACGGCAUUUGGGGGGCCUGCAGCCCACAUCGCGCAGUUCCACAAGGCCUUCGUCGAGAGAGAGCCACGGUGGAUGAGCGACGGCGUCUUUGUGGAGCUGUUGGCGCUGGGCACGUGCCUGCCGGGACCGACCUCCACCCAGAUGUCGUUCGCGAUCGGCAUCGUCCAGAAGGGGAUCCCCGGCGGCCUGCUGUCGGGGCUGCUCUUCCAGUACCCGGGCCUGGUCAUGAUGAGCCUUGUGGGCGUCGGCGCAGGCAAGUUUCUGGUCCACCCCGCGGGCUGGCUGACGGCCUUCUCCGCCGGACUGUCCGCGGUGGCGGUGGCCCUGGUUGCGGACGCCGCCUUCCGGCUGUCCAAGAAGCUGUGCGACUCGCGGGUCACCGUCUUCUGCUGCGGUGCGGCAGCCGCAGUCACGUACUACUACCAGUCGCAAUGGAUCUUCCCGACGCUCAUUUUCGCCGGCGGACUUCUGACCAUCAUUAGCGAGCGGCACAAAGAGCUGAGCGUCAGCUCGUCCGACUGUGACGUCAACAACUUUGGGCUGAGCAUGCGAGGCGGCGCGGCCCUGCUCUCCGGCUGGCUGGCUCUCCUCAUCCUAGUUGUUGUCGGCAAGCACAGCACGAGCUACCACCACGCCAAGUUCCUGCACUGGUUCGAGUCCUUUUAUGUGACGGGUUCCAUCAUCUUCGGCGGCGGCCAGGUGGUCCUCCCCAUCAUCGAGCAGCAGGUCGUUCACUACAACACCGUCUGCACGCCCGCCCACGCUUUUGCCGCGAACGCCACUUUCGGCGCGCCGUCCAAUGGGUGCGUCCGCGUUGAGUCGCCGGACACGUGGGUAACGGAGCAGCAGUUUUUGGCGGGGCUUGCCGUGGCGCAGGCCAUGCCCGGGCCGCUCUUCAACUUCGCAGCAUACCUGGGCGCCAUCAUGGGCGGCGUCCCGGGUAUCGUUGCAUGCUGGCUGGGCCUUUUCGCUCCCGGCAUCAUGCUCAUCUACGGAGUACUCCCGUUCUGGGCCAAGUUUAGAAAGUGGCCCUGGUACCGACGAGCUCUGCCUGGGUUCAACGCUACCGCCAUCGGUCUCAUAUACGCGUCCGUCUUCCAACUAGGCUUGAAGGCGUUCGCUCUCAGUCCAUUCCCGAAUGCGUCCAUUGUCAUCGGCAUCGUAGGAUACUGCGCGACCGCGUUCUUCGAGGUGCCAGCGCCGGUGGCCAUCCUGACGGGCGGCGUUCUGGGAGUUGUCGGGUGGGCGACCAACUGCCACUGA